AUGGAUCCCAUCAACACCCACCUCUCGUCGCCGCUUUCCACCACAGCCCCCCUCUCACCAUCUUCGUCUACUGGCCCGGGCCAUGGGUCUCAUGGAUAUCCUUCGCCGCCCGUAACAGCUCUUGAUGAGCCAUCUGCAUCCGAAGACGACUCGGGCAGAGGACGAGCCAAAUUCCCCUCGUUACCUGACCCAGCCGCCGCUCUCGACCAUGAUUCUGACACGGCCACCUCUCCUGCUGGGAUGCAUGCAUCUCGCACCCCGUCCGUCGUCAAGUCUCGACGUAGACAGACGAGCAGCCCCACGAAUAAGACAAGUGACGGCGUGCACCGACUCACCGCUGCUGAGAUGCAGGAGCUCACAAGCUCGCCAGACUCGUUGCCAAUUGCGCCAGCUCCCGAACGCCGUUCGAUAGACCAGGAAAUGGCAGCCAAGACUGUUGAGCAACGCGAAAUACUUCGACAACGCAUCCAGAGACGUUCUACGGACCCGAGAAGAUUAGACAAGCUUCAGACAAACGGGACGGCAGUCGAAUCUUGUGCUGGGCCUGGACAUGCUGGGGUUUGGCAUGUGCGAGAGGGGGCCCAGAGACAAUGCUCGCCGCGAACUGUGUCGACGCCACCGACGUCUCGAGCUCAGCAAUAUGCUUCGGAUAGUCGCUCGCAGCCUGCUUCUCCUCGACGAUAUUCAUACAAUACCCUGCCGCGACCGACGCCGCUCAACUUGAAUGGAGAAGCGGCCAACGGCCCUCUCAACGGACAUCUGCUGUCGCCGGCCAUCGCGACAAGCCCAGCAGCUUUAAAUACACAGCAGGCUUCCGCAGCUGCUCCUAGUCAAGGAUAUACCGGCCCCAGCCCACCGUCACCUAUUCCAUCCAUGAUCCCUCUCCCACCCAUGUCACUUCCCACACACUUGCAGCUAGAGCUUGCAGCCCAGAGACCAAGCCCACUAUAUAUUCACCAAUCCUAUCUAAAUGAUAUUCCGUACGAGUCUUAUGCGGUCAAACUGGAACGGUUGAAGAAUGUUCUACUACUCCCCCCAUACCUGGAGCGGACGUUGUAUUUUGGCGCCUUGGCGUGUUUAGAUGCGUGGCUGUAUACCUUCACCAUCCUUCCAAUACGAUUCUUCAUGGCGUUUGGUGUCUUGAUCAAAUGGUGGGGAUAUGUGAUAUCCAAGGAGGCUGGAUGGCUGUUUGGAUAUGUACGAGAUGGAUUGGGCAGACUGUGGGAGCGUGGGCGAACGAGCCAAUCCCGUAGGCCCAGCGAUGUCUCUGACCGAGACCAUUCGCGAAGUCGCAGUCGUGUGAGGGAGCUGUUGAAUGACGACGGAGGUGUGUCUGCGCCGGCCCUCCGGGACCGAUCCCAUCACACGAAUACGGACCUGCAUGUCGAUGGCCAUGAGGGGCCGAAAUCACCACUUCCCAAUAAGCGACACCCUGUGCCACAACUAGGCACUUUUCGUCACAAAAGAACAAAGUCGAUUCCUUCAAGCUUAUCAGCAUUUCACAAAGCAGACUUACUACAGGGAGCCGUCAUCAUUUGUAGCUCAUUUGCUCUGAUGACUCUCGAUGCCAGCCGCAUGUACCACUUUAUACGGGCGCAAUCCGCCAUCAAGCUGUACGUAAUAUACAAUAUCCUCGAGGUUGGCGACCGUCUCCUCUCGGCCCUUGGCCAAGACAUCCUAGAAUGUCUGUUCAGCAACGAAACCCUGUCACGGAACCCUUCUGGUCGAUCAAAGAUCCUCUUGCCGCUCGGCAUGUUCAUCCUCGCCCUGGUGUACAACUGUCUACACUCCAUUGCGCUUUACUACCAGGUCAUUACGCUCAACGUCGCCGUCAACUCAUACUCCAACGCUCUUCUCACCCUCCUCUUAUCCAACCAAUUUGUCGAAAUCAAAAGCACAGUGUUCAAACGCUUCGAGAAGGACAAUCUUUUCCAAUUGACAUGUGCCGAUAUUGUGGAGCGCUUCCACCUUUGGAUCAUGCUUCUCAUCAUCGGCAUGCGCAACAUCGUUGAAGUAGGUGCUUUCUCUGUCCCCGGAGCGGGUUUCGACUCGACGCACGAAGAUAGCUCGAGUGCGGUGCCGUUGCACCCGCCGUCGAUCUUGCCACAUAGUUUUACGGUGUUGCCGUCGUGGUUGAGGUCGGGCGAAGCGCUGUCACCUUUUCUGAUUGUUGUUGGAAGUGAGAUGUUGGUUGACGCGAUAAAACAUGCGUAUGUGACCAAGUUUAACAAUAUCAAGCCCAACUUUUACGGGAGAACACUGGACAUUCUGUGCAAAGACUACUACACCAAUGCCUUCGUCACCCCCUCGCUCACGCGCAGACUCGGCCUGGCGGUCAUCCCGCUCUCAUGCCUCUUUAUCCGCGCCUCCAUACAAACCUACCACAUGUUUCUGGCCACCCAUGUGCCCAUGCCUAUCCCGCCAUCCACGCAAACCUCUCUGACUGAAGAAUCCGCCGUGCCCUCAUCACCCGCCAUGAUCGCUGCACUAAGUCGAUUUGACGCCCUGAUCCGCGAUUCCCUCGGUCGUGCCACAUACGGCUACCCCUACGGCUCACCGCUCAACUCCCGUCCUUGGUACUCAUGGACAUCCGAUGACUUCGUCGCCGCGUUAACAAUGGUCGUCGUCUUCUUCAUUGUUUUCCUCGUCCUCCUCAUCCUUAAACUCCUGCUCGGUAUGGUCCUCCUCCAAUACUCGCGAAACAGAUACGCCAAGAUGAAACAAAAGGAAAGCCUGGUCGCGCUGGGGAAAGCAGAACGAGAAUCGUACGAUGCUACGGGCAGACGGGUCGGCGGAAGAGGAGACGUCGAAGUUACGGAUGACAAAGCUCGGUGGAUACACGCCGACAAGUCGGAGGGAUUGAAGGGCGGCAAGGGCCCCGGAGGCAAGAAGAGUGAUGACAAAGGUGGGAAGAAGCCGGACGGCGAUUACAUGGGCGUCGCGAGAUACGAGAUGGUUGCCAAGAGGAUAUGGUAG